AUGUCCCCUCUUUUCACCUCACCAAGCGACGGACCUGGUCAGUGUGAGAUCAAUGUCUCCAGCAUGGCCAUACACUUUGUGACGCUGCUCGUCGGUGUCUGUGGGCUGGCUGGGAACGGGGCUUUCCUCCGGCUCCUCCAAAUUAAUGCCAUCACUGAAUUUGUGGCAUUCAACCAUGCCAGCAUCAACUUCCUAUUCCUCAUCUUCAUGGUUCCCUCUGCCCUGCUCUUCCUGCCGGAGGAGGUUUCCUGCUCUGCUAUAAUGCCCCCAAUGUAUCUGAGCUUGCUUUCCCAGCUGUCACAGUUCACCUACACCAUGGGGCUCUACCAGCUGAUGUUCAUCAGCAUUGAGAGGUGCAGGUCCAUCCUCUGCCUGUUUUUCUGCACUGGGCAACUUUCAGAGCACUUGUUGUGGGUGGUGAUGAGUGCCCUUUUCUGGGCCCUGUUCUUUGUUGUCACCGCCGUCAAUCCCACGGUGACUUCCCUGUGCCAGUCACACGAGCAGGAGCAAUGCCAGGUGGCUCUCGCCUCCAUGUACGCCCUCAACCUCUUCCUCGUUGCUGUACCCAUGGUGAUUUCCAGCACAAUCCUCUUCAUUCAUCUCAAGGCCGGCUCCCAGCAGCAGCAGCAACACAAGAGGCUCGACAUUGUUAUCUUCCUUGUUGCACUCUUCAGUCUGCCCCUCAGUCUCUGGUCUUUCCUGCAGCAGCUCGGUUACACAGCUGUGCCCUUCCAGGUGGUUUUCCUGCUCACCUGCAUCACCAGCAGCAUCAAACCCUUCAUCUAUUUCUUGGUGGGGAGCUGGAAGAGAGACUGCUCCAUGGGGAGCUGCUGGAGACACUGCUCCAUGGAGAGCUGCAGGAGACACUCCUCCAUGCAGUCCCUAGGGGAGGCACUCCAAAGUGUGUUUGAGCAGCCAGAAGAAAACAGUGCCUCUGGAAAUGAUCCUGUGGAAAUCAUGGACACAGAAGCAUGA